CCGAGAAAAAAAUGAAACUCUUCAAUCUACAUCGGAAAUCGGUUUACAUCCUGUACCGAAGUAAUCUUUGUUCAUUUUCUACCUUUGUAAUCACGUCGCUUGUUCUGCUAGCGCUAGCUCUUCCGUACUACGUCAUACUGAUAGUGAACCCCGGGGGUCUCUGGGACGACUACCGGCUAGUGUACGAGCAACCGGCAGUGAAGUUCACCUAUCGCUAUCUGUUUCUAGCGGAAAUCGAUCAACCGGAGAUUGGCAAUGAAGUUAUCGCAUGCAGUUCGUUCAAUGCAUUCAACACGCUAACCGCCGAACGGCAGCAGGAAUGCACCACGCUAAAGGUGGCAACCGGUGAUAGAAACGAGGAUGGAAAAAUUGACAGCCUUAGCGUGUCGGUCAGCUUCAACUUACCGGACGAGUCGACAGGACUGGUGUUUUAUUCGUUUUACUUCUUUCUAGAGGCUGAAAUAAUGAAUAAUUGUUAUUUUCUCAUACCCGCAUUUAUUUCUCUAAACAAAAUAACUCCUCCGAAGCGGUCUUUCAAUUCCGGAACUAUAACGCAUCGGGGUCACCUCCAGUCCGGUCAGUCGGCUUCCCUGCAGUGUCCCUUCUUCAUGCGUAACAUCAAAACGCAUUUCAAUCACAACUAUCUGCCUAAUGAAAACUUCACCCGGUUGGAAGAGUUUCUACCGGACUCGAUUCAGGCCCGCAUUGAGGCAUCAAAUGCGGCAUAUUUUAAUUUCAACCCACAACGAAUCGACUGGGAACAGGAUGGAUCCGGUGAGGUAACAAUCCGCGUAAAGUUGCUAAUCGGAGGAGAAGAUAGCCGCCAAACAGCGCUUCUGUACAGGGCUUCCAUCUGGCAAAAAGUUCUGCAGCUCUGGAUUCAAUACUUUUCGGUUCUGAUUGUUUUUCUGUGGAUUGCGGAUCUGGUGAAGGAUCGGUUAUUCGAAAGUUUUACCAUUCGAGCGAUGGAAAUAGUACCGUGGAAGGUGAAAAAUGACUAGUAGUGCAAUCAACGCUAUGUUAUAUGUAACGAUUAAAAUUGAAAUUUGAUUCAAUAAAGGGUAAGUCAUUUUUCUAA